CGCUAGGCAAUGCGCAUCAAGCCAGUGAAAUCAUCAUUUCUGGUUGUUGGAAACUGUACCAUGCUUAAUGAAUGUCGCCGUCCCAAAACAAUGUUUCCUUAAUUUAGUAUCUCUUAAAACUACUAGUUCAGCUCCGCGGUGCUUAAUAUCUACCACGACCUCUUUGAUUUUACAUACACAAUGGGCUCAGAUUCAUCUUUGGACGCGGAGUCUCCCUCACAUGUCCCCACCAGUGCAUCAUCAUCACCUCCCGCUACUGAAGAUUCAGAUCAAGCCAAGAUGGCCGCUACUUCCCAAUUUGCUACUGAGCACAUGCUCACCGAGGAGAAGAAGGCUCGCGCUGAGAACACGAGAUCGGAGGCCAAAAGGCUUGCCCAAGCCCGCAAGCGCCGCAACAAACCCCAGCUGACUGCCAAGGAACGUGCUACCAAGGCCAAGGAGCUUGACGAAUUGCUCCGGAAGAGCUCCAUCUUUGGUGAUAUCCUCACUCAGAAGACCAAGGCUCUCGGACGAGUCGGGAGGGACUUUGACAACCAGGCUCUGGCUGAUGCCGGUGUCGACCUAAAGAAACAACCACAAAUCUUGACUGGUGGUACAAUGCGUGACUACCAGCUUGAAGGGCUGACCUGGAUGUAUGAGAUUAUGUUACAGGGCAUGAGUGGUAUCUUGGCUGAUGAGAUGGGUCUCGGCAAGACAAUACAGACCAUUUCACUCGUAGCACUGCUUCGAGAGCAGGAGUCCUACUACGGACCUCAUUUGGUUAUCGCCCCCCUCAGUACUCUGUCAAACUGGCAGGACGAGUUUGCAAAGUGGACGCCAACCAUCCCGUUCGUGCUUUACCACGGCAAACCGGAGGAAAGACAGGCGCUUUUCAAGAGCCAAAUCUUCAAGCAUUACAAAAGUCCUACUGCGUUGAAAGGCUUCCCCGUCGUGUGCACUAGCUACGAGAUGAUCCUAAGAGAUCAUGCGGCUUUGUCAAAGAUUGAAUGGGCUUGCAUCAUAGUCGAUGAAGGACACAGGUUGAAGAAUGCAGAUGCAAAGUUGUUCAGGGAACUGCAACAAUUCAAAUCUGCUUCUCGUUUCCUCAUCACGGGCACUCCGUUACAGAACAACCUAAAGGAAUUAUGGUCGCUACUUCACUUCCUUAUGCCCGAGACAUUCAUGGAUUGGGAAGCUUUUGAGAUAUGGUUCGACUUCACCGACCUUCAAGACGAGGAGGGCACACAGCAAUUUAUCGGCGAUCAAUCCAAUCAAGAACUAGUGAAGAAGAUACACAAGAUUCUCCAACCACUCCUCCUUCGACGCAUCAAAGCUGAUGUCGCCAACUAUCUGCCCAAGAAGCGGGAAUACGUGCUGUAUGCGCCAAUGACCAAGGAGCAGACAGAUCUAUACAAUGUCAUCAGUGAUAAGGGCACUGAUACUCGGUCGUAUCUGGAGAAUAAGGUGGUGGAACGGCUAACCGGCACCACAAAUACACCGCUUCAUUCGACGAGGGCGAGUAGUCAAACUUCUCGUGCCGGUAGUACUGCUGUGUCAGAGGCUGCUUCACCUGCACCAAGUGAUGUCUCCUCUACUGUCCCCCAAAAAGGUCGUGGUCGACCCCGGAAGAAUAUGACUAAUGGUGCGACCAACGGAGCUGGUAGUAAGAGGAAGGUAGCUCCUACAGUGGAAUCGCCGCAGUUCAAGAGUAACAAGUCAAGCCGACAAUCCACGCCUGCUAGCAUACGACGAGGCCGUGGUAGACCGAAGAAGAACGUUACCGCUUAUAACGUUUCGGAAGAAUCAGAUGACGACAAGCUUGACGAUGACGAGUUUGAGGCAAAGCUUGUGGCAGAGAUGGAAGCUGCUCAGGGCGAUGAUAGCGACGAGUAUCCCCAAGACGAAGAUGAGGCAGUACGUGUUGCCACGUUAGAGCUUGCGAAAAUGCAAAUCAAGGAAAAGAAGCUCGGCAACUCUCUCAUGCAAUUGCGGCUUGUCUGUAACAGUCCUCACAACUUCUAUAAUCCUUGGACAUUCGACGAAAACUUGGAAGUGGAUGAAAGUAUCGUGACUUCCUCCGGCAAAAUGCUUUUGCUCGAUCGUUUAUUGCCCGAGCUUUUCAGGCAUGGACACAAGGUCUUGAUAUUUUCACAAUUCAAGAUGCAACUCGAUAUCCUACAUGAUUACUGUGCUGACUUACGGGGGUGGAACGUGUGCCGAAUCGACGGUAGUGUGGCACAGGCAGAACGACGCGAGCAGAUCAAGAGCUUCAACGAAGAUCCAGACUUUAAAAUCUUCUUGUUGUCGACUAGAGCGGGUGGCCAGGGUAUCAAUCUUGCUGCCGCCGAUACUGUUAUCUUGUUCGAUAGUGAUUGGAACCCUCAGCAAGAUUUACAAGCGCAGGACCGUGCUCAUCGAAUUGGUCAAACUCGCCCUGUUGUAGUUUACCGCUUGGCUACGAAAGGUACGGUCGAGGAGGAACUACUCCUCAGUGCGGACGCUAAGAGGCGUCUGGAAAAACUCGUCAUCAAGAAGGGUGGGUUCAAAUCCAUGGGACAGAAGCUUGAUGACCAACAUGAAGAGCUUGACAAGGAGACCCUUCUAGCAUUAUUGCUCAAGGAUGGCGAAGUAUACCAACAUUCUGGCAGUGAUCGAAUCUUUAGUGAUGAGGACUUGGAUGUGCUUCUUGAUAGGAGCGAUGAGGCGUACGCUCGUGCCGCUACGGGCGCUGGUAAUGCUGCUGGUUUCCAGGUUGUUGACACAGCGGCGGACGGCAUCACUCAGGUCAAGGCGGCAUAGGUUAUAUAACAUAUGUUUCCUGAUGCCGUGGGUUAGGUUUUGUCUGUGCAUGAUAAUGUAUUUGGCCUUAUGUAAAAGAGUGUAGAGUAUUUGGGAGACUACGAGCGCGACUUUGGUCGGACCAAUAUGGUUAAGUAUAAUAUUCUGUACAAGUUCAAAUUUGAAGUGUGUAGCACUCAAUCUCACAAAGUGCUCUUAUAUAUCAGUUGUUUAUA